UAUUCAUAUAUUCGUGUUCUGCCCACUUAAUUUCUUUUGAAAUCGAUUGUUUUUACAGUCUGUGAACACGAAUAUAUGAUUAUCUGCCCCCGCAAUUAUCGAUAUUACGGCGCCUCUGGUUUUUACCGAGCUUGCUGUUAGCGUAUAUGGUAGCGUACGGGUUGUGUUUUGUCUGUCUUAUAGAGCUGUGCGGUUCCAAAAUUUUUAUCUUGGUUCCGGUUUUUUUUAACAGAAAAACCUCGGUUCGGUUUCGGUUAUUCUAAAAAAAGAAGAACAAUGCAAAUGUAUGAACUCAUUUAUGUACGUUUCGAGCAAUUUUACUAAAUAGAUGAACUUUAUAUGCCUUUGUAAGUUUGUAUAAAUCUCUGAAUAUUUAAGGUAAUUCCGCAGUACAAAAAAGUCGGGGUCACCGAACUCGUUAAGAAGAUAUGACAAUCACAAUAUACCACCUUUGCCCCAAUUAGCCAUUCCGAAGUUGAUGAGUGGACUGGGGACGUGUGUUAAAAAGUGCCCAAAUUAAGAAAUGAACCAAAUCACUAAAAAGACCACCUCAAAAAUAGUAAGUAUAUAAAGUUUGAAGACGUUUAUAUGAAUAUCCUUCGAAUAAUAAGCUUUCGAAAAUCGCGAUAUUUACUGUGAAAUGUAUUGUAAUUUUUGUUUUUGGGAUGCGUGUCCCAAAAACAAUCUUUUAAUUAAUCAGUAAUUUCACAAUUUUCGAAAGUUUAUUAUUCGAAGGGUAUUCAUGUAAACGUCUUCAAACUUUGUAUACUUACUAAUUUUGAGGUGGUCGUUUUAGUUAUUUGGUUAAUUUCUUAAUUUGGGCACUUUUUAACACUCGUCCCCAGUCUUCUCAAUGGCUAAUAUGGCGCCAUCUUGACGCUCAUUACGAGUAACAGCAAAAUCACAACAGCCCGAUAUUUAUUCACGUUUUUAGCGCGGAUUUUGCUUUAGUAAACCUAUCUUGUAAUUAUUUUUGAAAAAUAUUGUGUUUUGAGCAAAAUGAAACUACUAACGUGUACAAUUCUGAUCCACAAAUGUCUUUUCCACAUUUCUUUACAUAUCUUUCUUUGAGAACAUGCAUUGAUAAAGGAUUUUUUUUCAAGAACCAGAAAUGAUUUUUCUUUUAAUUUCGGAUAUGAAAUGUAAAAUGCAUUAAAGAAAUAAAUUAUCAGUUAAAAAACGAGAGAAGGGAUUGGGGUUGUGAUCGGUUUAUCUUAUAAAAAUUCAACUAAGUUUACUAAAUAGCCGGCUGUAUAGACACUUCGUUUUUUAUUGGAUAAUAUCUUCAUUGUUUGCAGUGAUAGUCAGGUAAAACCCAACAUAGAUUUUUGCUGCCAAGGCAGCACUCCUAAUCUUGUCGUGAAGGCACAGAAUAAAGACAUACAGAAGAUCGACGUGCGUAACCGCUACCACACCAUGAUUCAUCAUCAAAAUGCUGACGCCAUGGGCCUAUAUUUAACAUUUUUUAGUAAAUCAAAGGUGCUAACUAAAGGUGUUUGAUUUCAGUGGGUAACUCUCGCUGAAGUUAGUUGCUAAUGCUGAUACAGGUUUUUUACCAAUGUUGGUUUUGGAUUCUUCCAGUGUUCUACAGUAUAUUAGUAAGAAUACUGUUGAUAACAACGUGCAUUAUUUGGCCUUUUUUUUGCUCCAAUAAACUCUCCAUUCCACGCCUCAGAGGAAUAAAGCAACAUCUUAUUAAAUGGCCCUGAGUGAGCAACAUGUGAUGCCAAAACUAUCUUCCUUGCAUACAGUGCAGCCUAAUCCCAGUCUUUAGGAUACUGUGUAACACCUUGGCAAGUGGUGAUACCACACUUAGGUUCCAUGCAGCAUGUAACACUUACUAAAAUGCACCAAUAAUUUUAGGUAUUUUUUUUUGUUUUCUAGUGUGGGUGGUAAUGGCCGCGACACAUCGCUUGCAUCCUGUACACACUGGUCGUACUGAAUCUGAUGCAGUGGCAGUUGCAAGUGAGAAACCAUGUAGUAGCUGCCUUGAACCUUUAUCCCAACUUGAGAAACCUGCAUUUCACUGUAAUCAAUGUGACUACACUGUAUGUGGAGCAUGUGACAAACCGAAGUCCCAUCCUGUCCAUCGUGAUCAUGGCGUGCUCUAUAUUACCCCUAUAGCGCCAUGGAAUUGUGACGUGUGCAAGCGGAAAAGUGAAAAUAUCCAGGAGAUCCAGCACUACCAUUGUGAACAGUGUGGCUUUCGCAUAUGUAAGAAAUGUUACACUGGUGUAACCAGUCCACUUCAUGUACAUCGUUUGUAUCGUACUGAUGUCUCGUAUGUUUAUCAUCAAUCAAAGGGAGAGUGGACCUGUGAUGUGUGUAGUAACAACAAUGGACCAGGACACUUGUAAGACAUUAUAUAUUUGAUGCAGCUUAUUUGAUUAAGGUCAAGGAUGCACUCAAUUGAAUACGUGACCACUAACACAUUAGCACUGUAUAGAACUGCCUGUUUUGUUAAUAAAUUCCAAUUUUGUUCAACUAAAACAACUUUUAUUCAUGAAUUCCACAUUCUCAAGGACACAAAUAUGCAUGGUUUUUAAAACAACAAAGCAAUUCUGACAUGCAGUGCUAAUCUAUGGGGUUGUGUUCUUCACAUUGAUCAGUCCUCUGAAGGUGAAUACUGACAAAUGCAAAAAAGUGCAUGACUUUUGUUUAUCGUUAUUCCCCUAUACGGUUUGCAUUUUGCACAACACAAUUUCCAUGCCGUUAUUCAUACUUUAUAAAAUGUAUACGAGACUCAUGAAUGUAUAACUACUGUACUCAAGUUCAUUAAGUGUUUUUUUCUGAUUAGAGGUUGAUGUUAUUUGGUGCCGAGUUUUAACUUUCAAAGAACAAUCAUUGAUUAUAACCAUUGCAAGACAACCAUGAUUGAAGAUUGCCAAAAAUAUGCGACUUCUUUCCUCGCAACUUACUAAUUGUUGCGAACAGGUGGGAAAAUUGUCUGAGCAUGCGCGAAAAUUGCUCGGAUUUUCCAGAUGCGUGCUUCCACUUUGUUGAGUUAAAAAACAUAAACAUUAGUGAUGGGCGAUACCACCAAUAUCGGUUUCGAUACGAUACCGAUUACUUUUUGGUUAAAGUAUCGAGGUAUCGAUUACCCAAACGAUUACUUCCUCCAAUUUUCAAAAUAAUAAAUGUAAGUCACUUAAUAAAGAGCCGACUGUUAAAGAAGUAGCCUUCUACUGUAACAGUAACGAUAUAUUUUCAGAAAGUUACAUAUUUUUAACAGUAACGAUUUGAUCCGCCAUUUUAAUCCACAAAAAAACAAAAAUUACUUUAUUUCCCGCUUUUUUCAUAAUUUAUUUUGUCGGCGAGGAUAGAAAGUCAAAUAAAGUAUAAAGGAAGUUUGAUUAAAUUGAUAAAUGCAGCAAAAUACAAAAAAGUACAUAAAUUUUAUUAGAAAUAACCAUGAAAACGAUGACACAACCACAGGAUUAUAAUGAAUGUCUAAUUUUAAAAGUAAUCGAAACACUUGUUCGAUACUGUGCAGUAUCGACUACUUCCUGUUUGGGCCUGGUAUCGGGUGGUAUCGAUACCAAGUAAUCGGUAUUCGCCCAUCACUAAUAAACAUUAAACAACAUGAACGAAGCCUCGAACGAAGCCUUCGAACUACAAUUUUGCAGAGCUGCGCUGUUUAGGGCCACAAAUCACCACAAAAUUGGAUUCACUAACAAAAAAGGUUGGAGUAAUACUUUGAUUUCCUCUAUUGCCAUAUAUUUUACAAUGUAAAUUAUUAAUAUCGAUUAUUUCAAUGCAAAACAAAACAGAGCAAAAAAUUUCCUUUUAAAAUGUCGUCUGAUGGCUUCAAUAAAAUGUGAAAUUCAAACCAAAAAUACCAACACUUCUUCAUUUUUUACAAAGCCAAGAAAUUUAAUACCGACUUAAAAAUGCUUUGAAAUUUCAUGUAAGACAGCGAUAUUUCGUUGGCACAACCUGUAACAUGACGAAAUUCGUGUUUAUAGAAUUUUGAACGAGCGAAGAUUGUGUUUAUUAAAAGAUAACACAAAGUUUACGCUUCGAAAUGAGGGUAAUAGAGAAAUCUGAUUGCUAUGUUUAUCUGUUUUUUAAAUACUUUGAAAACCUAAAAAUAAUAUUUUAAAACUUUUAUAGCAAAAUAAAUGGCAAAAUGUUUAUUCUGAUGCUCAUUUUCUGAGUCGCCUUUUUCGUAUAAAUCACACUUGCUCAUGAAACUUGCCAAAAUUCAGCACUUUCUUCAUUUUUAAGGCGACUUUACAUUCUUUUAGCAAAAACUAGAAAGAAAAGCACAUCUUCUGACCUAAUCACAUUUCAUUGGCACAACCUGUAUAUAUGAGAAAAUUUGUAAGGUGAAAAACAAGCAAUUUUAGCCAAAUACCUCACAUACUGAAAUUUAGCGAUGAUAGUUGGCGCACAGUAUCACUCAUCAAAAACAAAAUAUUUAUACUUUGUCCUGGACAACAAACGCAUGUACUGCAUAUUUCAAGUAAUAUUCCACCAAUAUUAAGUUCCUGCUCGAGGUUAUUUGCCAUCAAAACACACACAUUUUGCAAGAAACAUAAUUUUCGGCCAUGUUUCAGCGAAGAAUUCUUGACUGCUAGUUUCUCGAUUGCGACAAGUAAUUGUGAUCUUGAUUAACGUUUAUUAACGUUUACGUCGGCUAGCUUUCUUUUAUUUUCCUCUGCUGCAGCACGAGAAACAGGGUAGCGAAAUCCGUGUUUUGUUGUUUUCACAAUUUUUGCUUGGCAAAAAGAAAGCGUCCGCGAUAAAUUUGGUCAGCGACGACAAUUCUCCCACCUGUUAUUGUUGCGGGUUUUUAACGCACGCCUUUAUCCUUUAUUACUGUACCAUGCAAGGACUUUCUUUUAGUGAUGCUUAAUUUGAAGUCCCCUCAGUAGAUAAUGAAUUAAGCGGGGUGAUAGAACAUAUUUUAUAAUGUAAGUAGCAAACAUACAUCUUGAACACUACACCAACACAGAAAAAUCACUUAAAUAUAGAUAUGAAUUAAACUUGUACUUUUCAAUUAUUGCUAUAGCGUUUCCUGCUGUACCGUGUUCACCUUACAAUUCUUUGAAAAUAUAUGUUUGAAUUGCUUUAGUUUUCCAGCACACUGCUCGUCAUGUCAGUUUGAUCUUUGUGACAACUGUAUCAAGCCAUACAGAUCGACAUUUCAUCCAGGACAUAUAAUGUAUAAAGCGGAUUCAAACCUCGCGUAUCCUAGAUUUAAUGGCAGAUGGGGUUGUGAUAGAUGUUCACGAAGUUUUAUUCCGCAAAUGAACAACGUUCCCUAUCAUUGUUCCCAGUGUGAGUUCGACUUGUGUGAUAGCUGUAUGAAAACUGCUGGUGAUGUGUCAAAUGAGGGUAAGAUUUCUAAUUAUAGUAAGUUACUGUAUAUGCACUUCGUUGCAUGGUAAAGUAAGCAUACGCGAAUUUAAAAAUGACAAAUAACAAGUAAGAAUGCAUGCAAAUGGAGUUCAUAUGAAGGCCGGGUAAGUAAAUAUUUGACCCGUGCUACGCACCUUUCCGUGAAAAUACACUGAUGAAAAUAUACAAUAAAAAAAUUAGCCUAACGAGUUCAUACAAGAUACAUUGAAAGACAUAUUGUUUUUACGAAUUAUUUAGCCAUAUCAGUCAACGCUAAACACACAGCAUUAUCAGUGAAUGUUCACAUUUUGCUAUGAGUUUCUAUAUGCAUGGUUUAAUUAACAGAGGAUCGGGCUAAAUAGAAGGUGGGGACUUAUUUUUUAAAUUAAUUAGGAGCUAAAGGUUAAAUUAUAGAUUACAAGGUGUAGGUCCAAUCAAUUGGGCUAUAGUGCAAAUGGGAAAUUGAGACCCAUGUAAGGCACAGCUCCUAAAUAUAAUUAUGACUAUAGAUGACAAAAAGAAAAAAAAAGACUAUAAACAGUAAGUAUAUACAUAAUGCAGUUUAGGGACGAUGACAGGGCAAUCUCGUGUGAGUGACCAAGCAGUGCACACCAAAGCUUAAGUACUCGGUCUCGGUUGAAAAACGAAGCCUAAAAGUGGAUGUUCUACAGUACGAAAGAUUUUGAGAACGAGAUCGAUUAUGUUGCACAAAAGAUACAAACUGUUCAAUGGGCAAAAUACAGUUUUACCCGGAAAAAUCAGGCAGGCGGUCAGUAACUACCUGCCCUCUUACCUUUGCACUAUUCUUGGGAUCUCUUGAGUUGGAGUGUAUGUAAAUGUGUCUAACCCGGGUUAUUAAGUUCUGUAUUAUAUCAGACUUUUAUAUUCAAUAAUUCACACUAUAUCUUCCCUUUAGUUGGUUCUGAACCAAGACCGACCAGCCAAGGUUUGUAUAUACAGUAUAACUUGAUAUUUUUACGAUUGCGGAUAUGAGCGGUGCUGUAAGAAAAGUAAGAAUAACCUAACAAUAUAUUUUCCUAAAGAGGAAACAACGUUAGGGUUGGAUUACAUGACCAACGUAAACAAGUAAUCUAACCCUUAUCGACGUUCCGACCUGUAAAUCUCAUGGCAAACGGUGGUUAUACUUCGAGAAGUGUUUUUAUCGUUUUCAGGCCUACCUGUCCGACACCAAAAGUUGUUUCCACUUUAAGGAUCAGAUAUUUUGUAGUUCGCUUACAGUAUUCUUAGUCCUUACAGCCUGCCUCAGUGAAGAUGUGGUACCGGUAACUGACGUAACACACCAACAUUUGUUUAUGUUAUACUAUACCGUGGGCGACCCCGAAGCGGCCAAAAGUUGAAAAUGUUACUAAACUGUGAUUUGUUUCGCAUGUUCGUCAGGAACUAGAAGCGGCUUUCAACUUGCAAAGAGCGGAAAGCCAAUCACCAAUUCUUCAGAAGGGGGUAGUGACAGCCGUGAAGGCCGUCCAGGACCUCCAGAUGGCUCUACUGCGAAGUGCGUAAAAUGUGGUGAGAGACCCAAGGAUGCAACGAUUGUGCACGGUGGUACGGGUCAUGUGUGUUGCUGUACAACAUGUGCUGAACAACUCCAGCAAAAUAGAUCUGGAUGCCCCAUUUGUGGAGUUACCAUUGAACGUGUUAUUAAGCAGUUAACUGUUUAGAAAUUCCAUACAAAAAUGUUGCAGAUGUGCAGAAAAUAGCGGCUGGCAAGGCAAAUAGAUAUAGCCAUGAAAAGAAACAGUAGAAAAAGUGGGUACAAUAAUUGGCAUAAAAUCGCACCUGAAUACACACGAUAUGUACAUUAAACAAAUAAGCUGCUAUACAGUAUGAACGGUGCUUCCUGAAAAAUUAUCUGUAAAUUAACCAACAUGGGACAAUAACUAAAACUACGUACAAACAAUUCCUGUAUCGAAUCUUGAUAGCCUUGGCUUCUUGCAAGGAUGACGUGAUUGAUUGAUUGCUUGGAUGAAUGAAAGAAAUGACAUUGAAAUUAUAAAAUAAAUUAAAUAAUAAACAAUCACUUUGGGAGUUUUUGUUUAUAUAAUAAACAAUCACUUUUGGAUUUUGUUUAUAUAAUAAAUAAUCAUUUUUGGAGUUUUUGUUUAUAUAGUAAAUAAUCACUUUUGGAUUUUGUUUAUAUAAUAAAUAAUCACUUUUGGAUUGUGUUUAUAUAGUAAAUAAUCACUUUUGGAUUUUGUUUAUAUAAUAAAUAGUCACUUUUGGAUUGUGUUUAUAUAUAGUAAAUAAUCACUUCCACAUUUUCUGUUUAUUUGCUUAAUAA